AUGCCUGAGCGCGCUUGCACUUUCCCUCUCACCUUUAAUUCAUACAUCAAAACUGCAAAUGACGCUGGCACAGAACCGACUAUGAUCUCUGUUGGGAUAGAUGAGUGGGCUUGCCAUCCAAACCCCAUACAACCUUGGCUCAAUGAGGCUGCGCUCUCGUUUGCACUUGUUAUGCAAGCACCUAUGCUGUUAUAUGGGCUCAGCGAAAAAUACUACACCUUUCGAAACAACGCAUACUGGCGUAACUACCAAGCCAAGGAGAUCCUGGAUGGCAUGGCUGUUGCGGAAGAUGAGAGGCCCGAAGAUAAGUACCAGAAUCUUCUUGCAGCAUGGGACCAAGUUCAGAGACACAAAUCAGUCAGAAAUGAACAUCCAGUCGUACACGGUCGCAAUCGCACAGCUGCACCAACCAGUAUCCUAAGCAGCAAGCACCCCUUGAUUGAAAGUGCUGAAACAGAGGAGGUGGUGUAG